AUGGAUGUUGACCCUCUUUCUGCCCAUUAUGACUCUGACCUAGGGGAAGGCGAAUGGAAAGCAAGCGAGGAGCAGAAGAGCCGGGAGGAGGAAGAUGAAUCGGAGAGAACACCGGUAGCGGAACUCGUUCCCCAAGAAAUGGAAAGGGAGGGGAUAGAUCUGAACGAAACGGCCAGAAAGAAAGUCCUUAUGACUGAUGAGGAGUUUGAGGAGCUUUCGAACGAGGCAGUAGGAGAGAGUGAAGAAGCUGGUACAAGGAACGACCCAGAAAGCCUAGCCCACCAGCCAGUAGACAAGGUGAAAGAGAAACAGACCGAAGAGGAAGAGCCGAAGUCGGUGAUUCCCCAGCCAGAAGCAGGGGAGAGUGAUACACAAAUCGAGGAGAAGGAUACCGAGGUACAACCAGCGGAACCAGAGCAGGUGGUACCACCAGUAUUGAAACCGAAAGCAGUUAAAAGAAAAUUGGUGUUGAAAGGUGAUCCAAAGGUAAAACGGCUGAAGCCAAAGAGAGUAUCGCAAGGAUGCCUAGGGAAAUGGACAUCCAGCAAGGCAGGAGCAAACACGGCAGCAAGUGCGUUGGAAAUCUCUAGUGAAGAACACAGGGCUACUCCUACAAAACCUGGGGAGGAAUCCUUGUCGGCUACCAACUUGAAAGAUACCUCGAUAGCAACCGAGGUGGUCUCACCUACGCCGAGUGACCAGAGAGAAGAAACUGACACGAUGGCUGAGGGUCUGGACCUCGCAUCGGAGUCAGUAGGUCACCCAAAGUCAGGAGAUGACAAUACCCAUAUCCGCUUGGAGACCCAGUCUACUGCCCAGAAGGAGCCUUCAACACCAACAGAGGAGAGACCAGAGGAAAAUGAAGACGGAGAUGAGAAUAGAUACCACAAGGAGAGGAAAAAGAAGGGGAAAGCCCCUGUUAAGAAGAAACCAAGCAGAAAGAAGCAACGCACGGUCAACACCGGCAUCGCCAUCACAGAGUCCGAUCAGAGAGCCCCGCCGUGCCGAAAGGAGCCGAGUGACAGUGAGUAUACCGUAAGUGAAAAAUCGGGGUCAGAAAGCAACGUCUCCCUAGAGGAAGAGGAGUAUGGCGAGAAGCAGCUCUGA